AUGUGGCUUCUCCUCGCUGUGCUCUACUCUUUCUUGCUCGGCUUGGCUGCAGAGGAGGUUGCUGUUGAAGAGGGGAUACCUUGCUCCAAGUACCAGGUGGCUUUCAACCGCUCGUGCUAUGAAUUUGUGAGACUCCCACGCGCUUUCACCAAUGCCCAGAGCUGGUGCGAGAGAGGAGGGGGGCAUCUCGUCUUCAUUGAAAAUGAGGAAACCCAAGAGUUCCUGCAGAAACACAUCUCCAAGGACAGGGAGUGGUGGAUAGGACUGACUAUGGACUCUACUCUGAAUGAAACCUCAGAAGGAUCAAUUAUGUGGUUGGACACUUCAAAUAUAAGUUACAGCCACUGGCAUCAGGACCAGCCAUCUCUCUUCUCAGCCGCAUGCGGGCACAUCCUGAAGAACACUGGCUAUGAAUGGGGCGUCACUGAGAACUGCAGCCAGGAGUUUGACUUUGUCUGCGAGUUUGAAUCUGGCCAGAGCAUCGCUUGUGAUAACUCCAAUGCCACGGUGCAGUGUGGCUCAGGAGAAGUCAUUCAAAUUGAUGACAGUUUCUAUGGGAGGAAGACCCCUCAUUACUGUGUACUGGAGACUCCUCUUCAGUUUGACACAGAUGACGACUGUAGCUGGACCAGCGUCAAGGAUGAAGUAGCAGGGCAGUGUCAUGGACUGCAGGCAUGCCAGGUGGCAGCAGAUGGGACCUUCUUUGGUGAUCCUUGCCCAACUUUGGGGGGCUAUUUGUCUGUGCAAUACCACUGCAUGGAAGGUCUGCAGCUGACCGUGACGGAUACAUGCUUUAUCUUUGAAAAUAUCACAGUCUCUUUGAAAUGGCUGCUCUCUCCCUAUUCUGGCAACCUCUCCUGUAUAAUUAGCACCGGAGAUGGACAAACUAUUGAUCCCUACUACCCUCUUACCUUGUCCAGCAAUGUAACGCAUAAAUAUACAUCUCCUGGAGAGUUCACUGUGUUCGUGGAGUGCACGACCAGCGAGUGGCAUGUAACAGCACAGAAACGCGUGACUGUUCAGGACAAGAUGGAUCAACUCAGCAUUACAGGGUGCUAUAGCCAGUAUGGAUCAGGGAACAGUUCUCACUGCUGGACACUAUAUGGGGAAACGUUAUGGAUCCAAGUGGAACUUAAUGGAGGCAGUGGAGUGACCUACACUGUCUUAGCGGAUAACAUGACUCUCAUUGAGUCCACUGCAAAGACAGGGAUCAUCCCUUACAACCUGACGCUUGACAGCACCUCUCAGCAGCUCCUUGGCCUGGGGAUACACCUACUGGCAAUUCUGGCAUCCAGCAACACAACAAUCUCAAAGGUCUCUGAGAGCCUCACUGUUCACUUAGUGGAACCGAUAUCUGGUCUUCAGGCUUCAUUAGCUUCUCACACUCUGGAAAUGGGAAAAGACUUGGAGAUCAAUGUCUCUGUGGCUCGUGGUGUACCAGACAAGCUAAAGUUUGAAGUGGUUGGCUCCAGUGAAACGUAUUCUCACCAAAAAGACUAUCUUAAAGGAGAACCUGGAAUAUAUAGAGUUCCUAUUCAUUCAGAAGGUACUUUUCUGGUCAAGGUGCUGGCCAUGAAUGCCUUCUCGAACAUGAGCAUGGAUAUUGGGAGCAUCACAGUGUCAGCCAACAAUUCUCUUAAAGAAGAUGCUGCUCAGGACGAAAACAUAUCCAAAGAAAAUACCCGAAAGACAACAGACAAACAAAGAAAUAAAAUAUCCAUUAAGCCUAGUCGCCACGUGGAUCCCUUCACCACGGUUAUGCUCGGCUGGCCAGAUGACAGUGAGAGCUUGAGCUUCACAUGGUCCUGUGGGGCCUGCUGGCCUGGCUGGAAUGACUGCAUGGAGCAGCAAGUCAUCCCCACCAACCACAGCCAGGUGAAGAUCCCACCUGCCUGCUUGCCUCCCCCGAACUCGGCGGUGACCGUGAAAGUUACAGUGAGGAACCACAGCAAGGAAGAGAGGCAGGAUGAGCAAUGUCUGUAUGUGACGGCAAAGCAACGGCUGCACCUGGACAUCAGGUGUGAGACAAACUGCAAGCCAGUAAAUGCUAGUGAAGAAGUUGUUUUGAGUGUCACCAGCCAGAAGGACCCAGAGGUCAUGCGCUAUAACUGGUAUUUGGACAACACGUUCCACGCAAAGCCUCCUCCGCUCCCUGCAGCCUGCACUCUGAAUGGUUUCCGGCAAAGCUCAUUGAUGCUGCUUCCGAGCAAUAGAUCUGCAUUGGUAUUGAACAGCUCCUUUCUGCAGACACAUGGAGACGCGUUCCAGAUUAAAGUCAUAGCACUGACUCAGCAUGAAUAUGGUGAAGGAACUCACAUUGUCAGCAUGGUGGCUGCACCAGGAGUGCCAGCCUGUGCUAUAUCCCCUGAGGAGGGGUCGGUGCUCACCAGUUUCACCAUAUCCUGCAGCACCUCCUGCUCGAAGGACUCGUGCCUGCCUGCGCACCCCAGUCUGUUCACAUAUUGCUUCUAUCUGAAAUCAAAUUCUCUGUUGCACUGCGGCCCAGAUCCUGAACUCUCAUCCAUUUAUCUUCCACUUGGAGAAGAGGAAAACAACUUCAUUUUACAUGUCACAGUUAUUGUCAGCAAUAGCUUUGGUGACACAGUUCAUACUAAUGCUACAGUCAAGGUUACACAUGAAGAACUGGAUAAUGGGAACCAGACCCUGCAUGCCAUUGUAUCUGAGAAAACAAACACCAUCCUAAAAAAUGGGAACAACAGCAUGUCCCUGUUCCAGCUGUACAAAUCAGUAUCUUCAGUCCUCAAUCAGGAGACCCAGCAAGAGACCUAUAAUGCGUCUCUGCGGACAGACACCCGGAAGGAGCUGAGAGAGCUGAUGCUGGCGACUCUGUCUGCUGUUAACGUAACAUCAAUGCAGACUGCUCUUAAGAUGUCAGAGGUCCUGAAAGAGAUCACACACAGGAGUGAGGAGCUCUCCUCCUCAGCCCAGGUAGAAGCCAGCAACACGCUAAAAGAUGUCAGUGAAUCCCUGCUUAGGGUGAACAUGGAGGACAGUGAGGAUGACCAGAAGCGGAAGGAAGCAGCCAGCUACCUAUUUAAUGCAGUUAGCAAUGUGCUGGAAGCGUCUGUCCAUAACAGCACUGGGGCUACAUCACCACCGGAGGCUGAAAAGGUGCUUCCUGCUUGUUUGGUGUCAGACAAGCUGUUGAACACUGUUGAAAAUCUGCAGAGCGCCUUCCUGUUUGGGAAGCUACCAGAUGAUGACCCUGUGGUUCUGGCUACUCCCUCUGUGGCAAUGUACAUAAACAGGUUACAGACAGACAGCAUGGAUGGUACAUCCAUUCGUGUCUCCAGUUCCACCUCUGCCAGUUUUACUCUGCCAUCUGCCUCUUCCCUAAGUGUCUCAGGAGAUGAUGAUGACACUCUGGAUAUAAGGAUGGUGAGCUUUGCAGUGAAUCCCUUUGUAUCAAGUGAUACCAGUCUUGAAAUCAGUGGAGCUGUGGGAGGCCUAAGUCUUACCAGCUCGAAUGGACUGGUCAUACCAGUCAAUGACCUUCCUGAAAACAUUGAGAUAAUGCUACCAAGGCUUCCAGCAAUUCAGGAAGACAGGAGCCUUCUGAAUCUGGGCAAUUUUAGUGCUUUCCAAGUCAAUAUUACAUCUGAAAAUACAUCUCUAGUGGUCCACCUAGAACCUGAACAGGAUAUUCCACUCGUUCUCUACUUAGCAUAUGGCUAUUGUCCAAAUGAGACUAACUAUGAUAUAAAAACUCAUUUGCCCCAUACAAAAAUGACUGGAGAUACGUCAAGUACCUGGGUUCUCAGCCCAGAAGAACUCACUUUUGGAGAAGGGUCUUACUAUUUUUUGGUGAAACAAGACAUGGAAAUGGAUUCUACAGCCAGCAGUGAUUUAACUGUAGCAGUCACUUGCUUUGUAUCCCAGUGCGUAUUCUGGGAUGAGCUUCAGGGGAACUGGAAUAGCUAUGGGUGCCAUGUAGGACCAAAAACAACCCCCAUCAGUACCCAGUGCCUUUGCAACCACCUCACCUUCUUUGGGAGCUCCUUCUUUGUCACACCCAAUGCCAUUGACGUCAGCAAAACGGUAGAGCUGUUUGGCACUUUUGUGGACAACCCUGUGGUGGUGACGACUGUGGGCUGUAUCUUUUUAGUCUAUGUGCUAGUGCUUAUAUGGGCUCGAAGAAAAGACAUCCAGGAUAAUGCCAAGGUGAAGAUCACAGUGCUGGAGGACAAUGACCGCUUUGCUCAGUAUCGUUAUCUUGUGACAGUUUUUACUGGGCACCGUCGAGGGGCAGCCACAACUUCCAAGGUGACUCUCACCCUAUAUGGCCUGGAAGGAGAGAGUGAGCCCCACCACCUAAUGGACCCAGACACAGAGGUCUUUGAACGUGGAGGAGUGGAUGUUUUCCUGCUCUGUACUCUGUUCCCUCUCGGGGAACUGCAGCGUAUCAGGCUGUGGCAUGAUAAUUCAGGAAACAGCCCAUCCUGGUAUGUGAAUCGCGUGCUGGUCCAUGACCUGGCUUGGGAUCAGAAAUGGUAUUUUCUCUGCAACUCUUGGCUGGCCAUUGAUGUUGGGGAAUGUGUCCUGGACAAAGUGUUCCCAGUAGCUACUGAACAGGACAUGAAGCAAUUCAGUAACCUGUUCUUCAUGAAGACCUCAAAGGGCUUCCGCGAUGGACACAUCUGGUACUCAAUCUUCAGCCGUUCCCCACGGAGCUCCUUCACACGAGCACAGAGGGUAUCGUGCUGCUUCUCCCUGUUGCUCUGCACUAUGCUGACCAGCAUCAUGUUCUGGGGGGUGCCCAAGGAUCCAGCUGAGCAGAAGAUGGACCUAGGCAAAAUCGAGUUCACAUGGCAGGAGGUGAUGAUUGGCUUUGAGAGCUCCCUCCUCAUGUUCCCCAUCAACCUGCUCAUCGUGCAGAUCUUCAGGAACACCCGGCCCCAGCCAGCACAGCAGCAGAAGGAGAAGAAACCAGGGAAAAGUGGUCGAGUGUCUCCUAGUCUUCCCCCACCCCCUCAAGCCAUGCAGAGCAUCUCACUCACUCCAGAGGCUGUGAUAAAGGAUAUUAAGAGAAUUGCCAAUUCAUUGUUCAAAACACUGAAGACUCCACUACCCUCUUCAGAAACAGUGCUGGGAAAAUCUGCUGACAUCAACAUGCUUUUGGCUUUGGUUGAGGAUAUCAUCUGCCAGCAGAACCAAACUGGGCGAGAGUUUUAUGAUGAGAGUAAGAAGAAGGAUGAUCCUAUCGUCAUUACAUUAGGCUCUGUGGAUAUCCAAGAAAAAACAAGAAGUCCCACCCCAGAGAAAGGGAUGACUGACCGACUGAAACACAACGAUUAUAACCGUUACUUGUACAUGCAGCUCCAGCAUGUAGAGAUGGAGCUGGAAUUGCUGGGGCCUUACAAAUUUCAGAAGCCUCAGAGUUACACCCAGGCUGUAAGGCAGGUCCAGCACAUGAAAAGCCUGCUAGAAAGCCAGAUCUGCUCUUCAGGCUCCAUCAAUGGCAAGAAAGUUUCCUCUUCCAAAGGGCUGCCAUGGUGGUUUGUUUUCAUAGGCUGGUUCCUUAUAGCUGCCACCAGUGGAGUGUCUGGUUUCUUCACCAUGCUCUAUGGGCUGCAUUACGGCAAGGAGAACUCAAUCAAGUGGCUGAUCUCCAUGGCCAUCUCCUUCUUUGAGAGCCUUUUCAUCACCCAACCCUUAAAAGUGCUAGGAUUUGCUGCUUUCUUUGCUCUGGUUCUGAAGAAGAUGGAACAGGAAGAUGAGGAGAACACGGCCAUUGAUGGAUCACUGUCUGCUCCAGGUGACUCAAAUCCUCUGUUUGGAGCCCGAAGGGACAGCAGAAGCAACAUCUACCAUCCCCCUCCCAUGACAGACAUUGAGAAAAUGAAGAGGAAUCACAUCAAGGAGCAGAAAGCCUUUGCCUUAAUCAGAGAGAUACUGGCUUACUUGGGAUUUCUAUGGAUGCUGUUGUUGGUUGCCUAUGGACAGAGGGAUCCCAGUUCCUACUACUUGAACAAGCACAUCGAGAACAGCUUUACAGAUGGGUUUCGAGAUGUCUACAGCUACCAGGACUUCUUCACAUGGGCGAGAACUACCUUAGUCAACAAUUUGUAUGGUUCAUAUCAAGGGUUCAUUACGGAUGGCAACUCCAAGUUGGUGGGUAGUGCCCGGAUCCGACAAGUUAGAGUGAAGGGGGACACCUGUCCCAUUGCUCCCAAGCUGCAGCAUUCAGUCCAAGAAUGCCAUGCUCCUUACUCUCUCCAGACAGAAGAUACAUCAGACUAUGGAGAACGCUGGAACAUCUCAGCCUUUGAUAACUCCUCUGACUUCAGCUCUGCAUGGCAGUAUCAGAGCCAGUCCAAACUGAGAGGCCAUCCCAUCUGGGGCAAGCUUGCCAUCUACAGGGGAGGUGGAUAUGUGGUUCACUUGGGCACCGACCUGAAGAAUGCAACCAGAGUUCUCCAGUACCUCUUCAGCAACAUCUGGCUGGAUACCUUUACGAGAGCAGUGUUUAUUGAAUUUACAGUCUACAAUGCCAAUGUGAACCUGUUCUGCAUUAUUAGCUUGAUGUUUGAAACUAAUGCUUUAGGGGCAUUCUUCACACAUGCAGAACUGCAAAGCAUCCGGCUGUAUCCAUACACAGAUGGCCUACACAUAUUUGUUGUUGCAGCAGAAGUUAUUUAUUUCCUAUUUGUUGUCUACUACAUGGUAAUACAGGGAAAGCUCAUGAGGGCUCUGAAAUGGAGGUAUUUCCACAGCAAGUGGAACCUGCUAGAGCUGGCCAUUAUAUUGAUUAGCUGGAGCACUCUAUCAGUGUUUGUGAACCGGACAAUCCUGGGGGCACGAGACAUCAGUUACUAUCAAAAGCACAAGGAUGAGUGUGUAAGCUUCAAUGAAACUGCCACAGCUGAUGCAGUGCUUGGCUACCUGAUUGCUUUUCUAGUACUUCUGUCUACAGUGAAAUUGUGGCAUCUCCUGAGGCUCAACCCUAAACUCAACAUGAUCACUUCUACCCUGAAGAGGGCAUGGGGUGACAUCUCUGGAUUCAUCAUAGUUAUUGCAAUCAUGUUCCUGGCUUACUCUAUCGCUACUAAUCUGAUAUUUGGUUGGAAGCUGCACUCUUACAAAACCCUCUUCGAUUCGGCAGAGACAAUGGUCAGCCUUCAGCUGGGAAUCUUCAACUAUGAGGAGGUCUUGGACUAUAAUCCAGUUCUGGGUUCCUUCUUAAUUGGAUCCUGCAUUAUUUUUAUGACAUUUGUGGUGCUGAACCUGUUCAUUUCAGUUAUAUUGGUUGCUUUUAGCGAAGAACAGAAAUAUUAUCAGGCAUCCGAAGAGGAAGAGAUUGUUGAUCUAAUGCUGAUGAAACUUUUCAGUUUCCUUGGGAUUAAGUGCAAAAAAGAGCAGACAACCGAUAGUGAGGAACUGAAAGAACUUGCCAGCACCUGACAAAGUUACUGAGCAAUUGCUAUAUGCAAAACCUCUUCCUUUUCAUUUUAACCAAUAGUUGCUGCAGUUGGACUUAGAUAUUGUGGCUCCUACAUGUAUUAUCCUUUUGAAGAGCUGUGGCACAAACAGAAGUACAAGUACAUUUUGUGGUGUUUGAUAUUGUUACAUGAUAGUACCAGAGAACUAACAGUAAAUUUAGAAUAAUGUGUCCAAUAGUGCACACUUCCUUGUUUUCUGUAAAUCUACCACUAUAUACUUAAUAAAUGCUAAGCAUUUAUUGCAAA